AUGUGGCCUGGUGACACCAUUCUAAUUGCAGCAGGAGGAAGGCAUCUUGCUUCUAAUAUUCAAAUAAAAAAGCGACUUUGCCUGUUUGGUAUGCACUGUUCAUUUUGUUUGAGCAGUGCAUUGGAGUUGCUGUCCACCUGCAAAUUGGCAAACUUGACUGUGAAGGCAGAGCUUGGUUGUUGCUUGCUUCAUAGAAAUGGAAGGCUGACAAUAGAGGGGUGUGUGCUUCAAUGCGAGUCAAAUCCCCUGGACCAUCUUUCGUGCCCUAUUGUGAGCACUGCUAGUGCCCAGACGGUAUUACCUUCCUCCGUGAAAUGUUCUAAGGACGGUGUUUCCGUAUUUCGAACUCGAAUUGAAGGAGGUGCCAAGGCUGUUCUGACUAGUGGAAACUUGACAUUGCAGCGAGUUCGAGUAAUUUAUGCCCGGACAUCGAUCUUUUUCUGGUUUGAUGUAGAGCACCAGUGAUGUCUUGUUCAUCACACUGGGCACUUGUAAAAUUGUACUUUAGACAUUCUUUAGAUGAAAUGGACUAUGUUGUAUGUAUUUCAAGUAUUGUAAUAAUUUUCAAUUUUAUUUCCUA